AGGCACAUUGUGUUUGUUGUUCUCUGGCAACAAAGACACAUUCGCGGACGUUGGCGCAGUUUAUUUUUGUUUUAGUUGCCACUCUGUGUUUAUGAGUGUUUGGUAAAAAGUAAACAAAGUGAUCCGUUUAUAAAUUCAGAGUGUACACACAACCAAGAAAAUAUCUGUAAACAAUGGCUUCACAUUUCUUUCGCACUGCAUUUUACGCAACUGCAGCGAGAAAAUCAAUAAAUCUACCGUUUGCCGCCGGUCGCACGGCCGCCACUCUUGCUGUUGGCCUCUCCUUUGGUGCACAAAAUAAUCGCAGUGCAGCGCUGCCAUACGACAAUCUCUAUGCGGAUAAUUUCUUUAACAUUUCCGCCGCAGCCGGUGGAAAGGGCAAGGGUCUUCUGCAGGGGCCGCUGGCGGAGUACCGGGAAAUGCAAAGGCCGUUAACGCGCAAUUUCUCAAGCCUUCAAACGCCGCUGGUGCAGAAUAGCGCGAUGACAUCGAUAAAGAAUCGUAGGUAUUUGUCCUCCAAGGAUAUAACCAAGAAUAUGACGCUCUAUACGACUAACAAGGCGAAUAUCGAAGUGGAUCCCAAGACUCUGGCGUUCAAGAAGCCCACGGGCAAUCCACUGGUCCUAAUGAUGGCCUGGCUGAUGGCCAAGCAGAAGCAUUUGAAGAAGUACGCUCAGAUUUACACGGAAAUGGGAUUUGAUGUGAUGGUCGUGCACAUUACACCCUGGCAGCUGCUCUGGCCGGCGAAGGGUACACAGGUGGUCGCCGCAGAGACGCUGAAAUUUCUGGAGAACAAUAAACAAUAUGAGCCGAUUGUUAUGCACGGCUUCUCGGUCGGCGCAUACCAGUUGGGCGAGAUAAUGUUGCAAAUGUCGCGUGAUAUGGAUCGUUAUGGCAGCAUUCUGGAUCGUUUUGUUUGCCAGAUUUGGGACAGUGCCGCCGACAUCACUGAAAUCCCAGUCGGACUGCCCAAAUCGAUUUUCCCAAAGAAUGAGCGCAUGCAAAGCGCUCUGCGCAAUUACACGUUGUACCAUCUGAAGACAUUCCACAAUCAGGCAACCAUACACUACAUGCGCUCCAGUCAAAUGUUCCACUCAACGCUGCUCAAGGCACCGGCGCUCUUCUUUGUGUCCGACAACGAUCCCAUCGGCCCGCCAUCCUCCAAUCACGCUGUACGCGAGAAUUGGGAGCGUGCCAACAUUAAGGUUACAUUCAAAUGCUGGGAACGCUCACAGCAUGCGGCCCAUUUGAUCAAGCAUCGGGAUGAGUACCUGGAUACCCUGUUCCAGCAUUUGGAGAGCUGCGGUGUUCUUGAGGCUGUUGGUGUGCCCAAGCGCGCAAAGUUGUAAAAUACCUCUCCGAUUCAUUUGUGGGUGAUAACUAAAUUUGCGACGAUUUCAUGAUUUUACCUAGUUUCUAAGAAUUAAAGUUUAACCAUUUUGUUCCCUACGUACGUGUAUGUGUGUGUGCGCCAGAAUCUUCAAAUUAUACCAAAAUUGAUGGCUGCAAACAACAAUUCUUUAGAAUUAAGCGAUGAAUGCAAAGUAAAAGCUCCACUGUACGACAACGA